AUGGACCGGAAGUUCCAUUUGGCUCAAGAAUUAGGCAUUCCAUCGCGACAAGUUGCAAUAUGGUACCAAAACAAGAGGGCUAGGUGGAAGAGCCAAAGCCUAGAGAUGGGCUAUGCAACCCUCCAACAAAGGCUUGAGAGUGUGCUAAUUGAUAAUGAAAGGCUUGAAAAGGAAGUUCAAAGGCUUAACCAAGAGUUAGAAAAUGUACGCCAAAUGUUAGUUGCUUCAACCUCAACAUCAAAUUCAUAUGCAUGUGAUGAGGAAGGAAACUCGGGGUUGAUUAAUGGUGAGCCUAGUAGUUGCUUUCAUAGAGAGCUUUACGCUUGUUUGAUUGGCAAUAAUGAAAGGCAACUUUGA